AAACUUUGUCCACUGCUACACUCAUUUAACUCAGAGUAACUCUGAUUGUAUGAGGAAAUGGCUCUAACACUUCUUCUAUCGAUGCUUUCUGCCCUCAUGGUUGCUCCUGUUGAUCAGAGAAACAUAACUGCCAAACCUGGAGAAAACGUCACUCUGCCGUGUGGCGCUGCUGAGAACCAACAAGUUCUGGUUGUAAACUGGAGCAGAACUGACCUGGGGUCAGACUAUGUUCUUCUGUACAGGGAUGAGCAGUUUGAUCCAGAACAACAGUCUGCAUCCUUUACGAACAGAGUUAACCUGAAGGCUGUGGAUCGUGGAGACCCGUCCUUGAUUCUGAGCAACGUGACGACCAGCGAUGCAGGAACGUACGAGUGCCGGGUUGCUUAUGAAGAUGGCAAUGAGAAGAGAAGAACUCUAACUCUAAUCAGCACCAUUAACCUGAAAGGGGAACCAAGGAACAAGGAUGGAGGACAGAAUGAAGAAGCAAAGGCGGAUGGAGGGAACAAGAUCUGGCAAAUAGUUGGUUGGGUUGUUGUUGUUGCUGCUGCUGCUGCUGGUGUUGCUGCUGUUGUUGUUGCUGUUUGUAAGCGCCAUAGAAGGCAGAGAUCUUUACGUCCGGAUGCUAACCCACCUGCAGAAGAACUUGAGCAUAUUACAUCUGAACUAUGAAGAUGUAAGCAUGCAUUGUUUCAACAAACACACAUGAAGGUUAAAACUGACAUCUACCUGAUUAUAUUUCCUGUUUCAUAGAAUCUUACAGUCCAUACUGAACUAAAACUAGCAUUAAAUAAACCUUAAACAUGCUCAGUUUGUGUGAAACAUUGCAUUUAAAGAAAAAUUAUUUUAUUUGUUAUUCAUUAUUAGCUAACAUCUCUUAAGAUUCUUGUAUCAAUAGGUCCGUCUGUACAUCACAACAUUUUAUAAGCAAGUCAUUGUUUUUGUAAACUUCAGAAGAAUCUUAUUAUAGGUUAAAGAAUGUUUUGACAUUGUGUUUUUGUGAAGUUGUGUACUCGAUAAUGGCCAUUAAAUUAGCCACAGAAGUUUAAAACUUGGUUUAUUUUUGUUUGAGGAAACAUGUUAAUACACAAAUAUUUAACCAUAUCUUCUUAAUUUGGUUUAUUAAUUAGCUCUUAUAGGUAAUCAUUUAUUAUUUUUUUCUACUUUACAAGUGUUUACGUUUUAUGACUAGUUUGACGUAGCAUUUCUGUGCAUCAGUUGUGUGGUAGUUAAUGGACUUUAAGAUAAUGGCAGGAGCUAGAAAAAUGUUCAUUGUUGUUUUUGUAUGAGGAUACAUGCUAAAACACAAGUAUUUUACCAUAUCUUAUUAUUUAUUUAAUAUUUAUGGUUAAUGAAUUAGUUAUUAUAAGUGAUCCUUUAUUACUUUUGUUAUCUGUAGAAGCGUUUUUUUUAGUUUUAUGAAUAGCUGGACAUAACAUUUCUGUGCAUCAGUUGACUACUGGAUAACGGCUGUUGCGCUAGCAGAAGGAGCUAGAAACCUGUCCAUUAUCAUCUCAGUGUGUAGAAACAUGGGGAAACACAGUUAUUUAGCAGCUUAUUAUUAUUUAUAAUUAGCUCUUUCCUCCACUUUGUGAUACUGAACAGCAUGUAUUGCUGUGUUUAUGUCUGAUUGGCUUAAACAGCUGACAGGAGAAACUGAAAAUCACUGGUGGCUGUUCCUCCCCUAUUUUCAGCAGUGUAAAGUUAAGCUAAAGGAGUUCAGAACAACUGUACUGUAGGACCACAGCACUAAGAUUGUAAAACACACAGCACCACCAAUGAAGUGCAGAGACUACAUUUGCUCUAAGAGCUCCUGUGCAUGCUGUCUGUGUGCACGGCCAUCUUGUUUUCAGGUAGGAACCAUGGAAACCCUUCAGAUCUUCAGAACUCUAUUUACUCAGUGUUACCAGAACUAAGCAAAGUGAGGCAGUAUUUAUUUAGUCUUUAUUAUCCUUGGCUCUGACACCAACUAAUUGAACAACUGAAAUGUGCACAAGUAUUGGUUCCUUUAACUGAAAAAGGUUUGCCUGAUCAAUAUUAAUUGUCAGAUUCACAUUUUAGCAUUAUUUCUUUUUCUGCAGUUUGUCAAAGCUGGUUUUACUUUAAUGCUUUUACUUGGAUGCAAAAUGUUGCUUUUUUCAUGAAUGGUCUUAAAUAAACAGGCCUAUCAUGAGCAGUUCAUUUUGCUUCUUUUAUCCAUUUUGCUCUCUUCUAAACGAUGCAUUUGCCUGAUACAUUUCCAUCCAUCCAUUUUCCAACACCUUGUCUCUAGAGGGGUGUGAUGGAAAAAUUACAAUAAGGUGACAUCUGCUAGUCAUGUUAUAUGAAUGAUUGUGAACUCUCACCUAAAGAACUAUUUGGGUUACAUGUAGAAGGUUGGAAGUUGUUUUCUACAGCUGCAUCAGAACCAGACUGUCUCUCCCCUUGUUGUCAAUUCUAUCUUUGGUAUAAAACUCAUGUGUUUCUCUGCCUGGCAGAGCUUUUCAUCCAAACCUGCUUCAUUACUGAUUGUCCU